AUGAAGCGACCCAACCAGGACGACUCUCAGGAUGCAACCGCUCGCGGGAAACAGGCAAGGACUCAUGGCCAACCCGCCGUUUCCGUGUCAGGGUCGCACACAGUCGUCCAACCCGCGUCCGUCUUGGCCCUCCAACCCCACACAGACGGCGAUGAUAUGAACGUCGACUCAGACUACGAGCUCGACCGCGAGGACGCUACCAGCAUGGACGAGGAUCUCGAUCAAGAUAGCGAUCUGGAAGGCGAACCUACCACCCAGGAUUUGCUACGGUCUGUGGAAUCUCGCUCGGCGCGUACCCGGACAAGGGCGCUCAAACUGCUUAUCAACCGCCUCGCCGAUCUCACCAGCGCAGAGCGGGAAUCAUUGCUGAAAAUCGCGCGGAAAAAUCUGUACACUGAGGCCGACAAAGGAGUCAAGAUCUUGCUCAUUCAAAUCCUACAAAACGCUCUGGAGGCUACAACAGUUGACGGGAGAGGCGUUGUCGAGGACUUGCUCAACCAGCUCCAAGCGGAUUCAACAGAAGUUCGAGUUCAGGUGUACGAUGCCAUUGCCUAUAUCAUCAAGAUUGGCAGGUUACAACGGAACAGCAACUCAGACAUCAACACCAUUAGGGCGCUUAUCACCAUCUCUAUCGCAGAACUGAGUGACCGUCAUCAUAGAGUUCGAUCCGCAUUGCUCCAACUCGUCUCACAACUUGCUCCAUUACUAAGGACAUCCGAUAUUCAGACUAAUGUGUCUGAAGGCAAACAGGCUGGAUAUUCUCAACAUGACAUUCAAGUCAUCAUCAGCAACUAUGUCACCGAUCCAGAGCCUCGCGUCAGAAAGAAUGCACUCAAGGCCUUGCUUGGACUGCAUCGGGAGGGAUUCAAGAUUGGAUUGGUCAUGUACGACGUUGCCAUCUUGGCUAUCUUGGAUGACUAUCAGGAAGUCCGCAUGGAGGGUCUCGACCUCAUCUUCAUCUUGAGUCGACUCUAUCCUGACCAGAUUGUCCAGAAUCCAAAGGAAGACAUAGAACAGAGAACUCGACUCGCAGAUGACGCCUUCGUCCGGAUAUGUGACAUGAUGAAUGAUAGCUCCAUGGUAGUCCGCGCAAAGGCAUGUACGCUUCUGGGACGAUUCAGAAAGGUCAACUACAUGUUUUUGUCACAGACAUUCAGCAAGCAAAUCAUGGCCCGCCUCAAAGUUGACCAGUCUGCAAGGAAUAUCGCAUUGGGUCCAGCGCAAAAGCAAGCUCAAAGGGCGAAGUUGAUUGCGACUCCAGAGGGAGAUCAGGAUGUCACAGCACAGCAAGUGCGUUUGCUUGAUUCUGGCGCCUGCGGUGCUUUUGUCCAUGGACUGGAAGACGAAUACCAAGAUGUCCGAAACGCAGCCAUCAACUCGAUUUGUGAGCUCUGUCUCCACAACCCAGGGUUCGCCGUCCUCGCCCUCGACUACCUAGUUGAUAUGUUCAUGGAUGAGAUCGACUAUGUGCGUAUGAACGCGUUGACGAGCUUACGCAAGAUUGGAAACAGAGGACUCAUCACCUUUGACACGGAACAGCUUCAAAUCGCCCUUGGAGUUCUGGAGGAUGCCGAUCGGGACGUCAGAGAGGCUGCGCAUAGAAUGCUUGAGGUUGUCACAAUGUCCACAGAGGAUGGAAUGACAUCUUUCCUGGAAAGUAUCGAGACGAAUAUGAGGCGGUUUCCAGAAGACCAGCUUUCGAUCUACCAAUGCUUGCGAUAUGUCGGAAGACAUCAUGGCGUCUUUCUUGAGAACAUGCUCGAAUCCAUGCUCCAACUAGACCGCACCUUCUUGGCCAAAGAGAAGAACGUUGAAGAAAUGACAUACUGCGGGCACAUGGUUCUCUUGUUCAAUGCUGCCACCACGAACCCAACCAUCUUGAAUAUGCUCCCAAAGUACACCUUCAAGCACUAUACCUAUCUACGCGACGAGUACCUCAACUGCUUCCCUGAGCCAACAGAGAUCCCAUGUCCAGGAACUCAGUCGUUGCGGGAUCUCGCGGCGGCUCUUACUAUGACAAUCACUAAUGAUGGACCGGAUGGCGCAGGAAUGAAUAUGGACUCGAUGACUAGCGCUCAGGAUGGCGCGACUUCUGCUUAUGCCACGACGAUUGCAGCAAUGCGUAUCCAGACGGAGGAGGAUGCCGAAGCCUUCUAUGAGCAGGCACUUCGAAAUCUGGAUCGCAUUCAUGUCCUCCUUCGACAACAGACUUCUUCAAAUCAAUCACGGGCGCGGCCAGACUUGACCAAACGGCAUCGAGAGGUGCUUUUGCGCCAACUCUCAGCCUGUCAGCGUGACCUCGAGUACAUUGUGAGCGUGCAUACCAAGCAAGGAAGGAACGCCGAGUUUGCAAGUAUGUACCUGGAGUGUUGCCAGUUGCUAGUCCAGAUCCAAGAGAGCUAUGAUUCACCGUCGUUUAUCAUGCUGGCGCCCAUUUUGUCGGCACAGCUGUUCCGCCUUUCGUACUAUAUGGACCAUAUUUUCUUGGGUCUUGAUGCCACCGCCAAGGUCUCGGUGGGAUACUUUCGCAUUCUGGCAAAUUUGGUUUGGUUCUUUGGCAUGGUACAAAAGAAGGCUGGUACUUCUGCAUCAUCUUCCUCAUCUUCCUCCUCGGCUGCUGGUCCUCGGGAAGACGGUUUAACGCGUGAGUACUUGCAGUCGAUGCUACAGCAGGCUAUUAAGAGAGUGACGGAUCUUCAGGCCCAGAUGGACCGACCAGAGGUUGAUCUAGUCCGGAUUCAGGGUUAUCGUGUCAUCCUGGGAGAUCUCCGUGUUGCACUCCUUCGCGCCUUUAAGUCGCCCUCCACCCUCGAAGUCGUCCGUCUCCUCGCCAACAUCGUGAAAUUCAGGCCGAUGGAGAUUGAUUUCAGGAGCCUGGUUUUGCAUAGGAUUAGUGCAGAGGUGACGCGACCCACCACAAACCGCGACCGGCCAACAGACAUCCACCCUUCGUUCCCGUUCUUGGUCCCAGUCGAAGGUGUGAUCCGCCAUGCCAGGGAUACAACAGGCGUUGCGAUUCAAGUGACAUUUCCCAAUGGCAAUGUUCGUCAUUAUUAUCCUCCGCCAGAUCACUUUAUUCCGGUUGAGGAUGGCGAGAGCAAAGACAAAUCUGAUGAAGCAGAGGCCAAGCGGGAAUCAGAAGAUUCUGGAGCCAUGGAUGUUGUUCCCUCAACAGCAACAGGAGAGACUCUGUCCACCCCAAGUACAUAUCGACUCCGGACGUCGAUCGAAAUCUACCCCGAGGCUAGUUGGGGUACUUCCUCAGCAGAGCUGCGGAUCACGCUGUCGAGGUCGUUCCAGCCAGAUCUGGUGGGCCAUGACGAGUUUAUCUGUCGAUUCGCUGAAGAGAUUGCGACGGAGAAGCGGCAGCAGCAGGCGUUGCAACAGAGAGGGAUGUUGACGGAUCCUAACGGACAAAGUCAAUCAUCAUCUUCUUCUGCGGCUUGGGGUUCGGCGUCUAAUGGUCUGUUGAGCCACCCAAGGGGUCUUUUGGCACUGGGAGGAAGCGGAGGGGGAGGAGGUCAGAUGUCGUCGCGUCGUCUGCAGUCUGUGGCGACUCCAGGAUCGGAGGCUCAUGUCAUGCAGAACCAGAGUACGUUGGAGAUUUCCAAGAGUAUUAAUUACUAUGUCACACGACGCGCCAUGUUCAACUCUUAG